GAAAUUUGAAAUACGGUUCGGUAAAAUCGGUCGUUGAAAGCCACGAGCAAUCAGAAGGUGGUGGAGAGAAUGAGGAUGGCGCGGAUGAAGAAUCCUUAUUAGGGCCAGGAGGCGGAGACAAUAACGGUGCAUCAGGAACCACUAGGGAUGCAAAACG